UCGCAGCAGUGCGAAAAGGCUGUUUUCACGUUGACGUGCGCGCAACAGCACCGGUAGAGCGCUUAACAGCACUCUGUGAGCAACAGCACGCCGGUGGAGUGUGGUUUCCGGCACCAACUUACUCUCUUUCCGUUCUGUGAGCGAAAACCGAAAAGUCUGUGCUUUGUUCUUAAAUUCAACCGACGAGUCCCUAAUACACAAUCAAAAUGGUUAGGGAGAACAAGGCAGCAUGGAAGGCUCAGUACUUCAUCAAGGUUGUGGAACUCUUCGACGAGUUCCCCAAGUGCUUCAUUGUGGGCGCCGACAACGUGGGCUCCAAGCAGAUGCAGAACAUCCGUACCAGCCUGCGUGGUCUGGCCGUCGUGCUGAUGGGCAAGAACACCAUGAUGCGCAAGGCCAUCCGCGGGCAUCUGGAGAACAACCCGCAGCUGGAGAAGCUGCUGCCCCACAUCAAGGGCAACGUGGGCUUCGUGUUCACCAAGGGCGAUCUCGCCGAGGUGCGCGACAAGCUGCUGGAGUCCAAGGUGCGCGCUCCCGCCCGUCCCGGCGCCAUUGCCCCCCUGCACGUCAUCAUCCCGGCCCAGAACACUGGCUUGGGACCCGAGAAGACCAGCUUCUUCCAGGCCCUGUCCAUCCCGACCAAGAUCUCCAAGGGAACAAUUGAAAUCAUCAACGACGUGCCCAUCCUGAAGCCCGGCGACAAGGUCGGCGCCUCAGAGGCCACGCUGCUCAACAUGUUGAACAUCUCGCCCUUCUCGUACGGUCUGAUCGUCAACCAGGUGUACGACUCUGGCUCGAUCUUCUCGCCCGAGAUCCUGGACAUCAAGCCCGAGGAUCUGCGCGCCAAGUUCCAGCAAGGAGUGGCCAACCUGGCCGCCGUCUGUUUGUCCGUGGGCUACCCGACCAUCGCCUCGGCCCCGCACAGCAUUGCCAACGGAUUCAAGAACCUGCUGGCUAUUGCUGCCACCACCGAGGUGGAGUUCAAGGAGGCCACUACCAUCAAGGAGUACAUCAAGGACCCCAGCAAGUUCGCGGCCGCUGCGUCGGCCUCGGCUGCCCCCGCCGCCGGCGGAGCUGCCGACAAGAAGGAGGAGGCCAAGAAGGUCGAAUCCGAGUCCGAGGAGGAGGACGAUGACAUGGGCUUCGGUCUGUUCGACUAAGCUGGAUGCAGGAUGCCCAGCAGCGGCGCCCACGGGCCAUCGCUUCUGCUUUCGACGUUUACCCACUAAGACCCUCUACUAUGUUUUCUACGUGCAAAUCAUUGCCGCGGUUUGACGGACCCAAUGGCAAGUUGCAUUAAACAUCCUGUAAACUGCUCGAAAGCGCA